AUGGAAACAGGUAAAACAAUAUUAAUGGUGAAUACAGAUCGUAUACAUGGUUCACUCUACAAUGUAUUCAAUCAGAAUUUUUCAACUAUGGGUGCAGGUGAGACAAGAAAAUUAUUUUCAAAAGUUGCUAUUGGUUCAAAAACAGUCGAUGUUGUUGUUCAUGAAAACUUUCAAUGUAUCCUACAUAUAAAUCGAAAUGUAUUCACUGACAUAUCGGCAUCAUUUCUAAGUCGUUUUCAAAGAUAUUCAUUGAGUGUCAAUAAUUUCUAUCGUAUUCAAUUGGAAUGUCUUUCUGAUGAAGAACGAACAAUUAUGAAUAGUGUUGAAGUUAAAAUACAAACAUUCAUUCAACAUUUCGAUCAAAAUUGCUUAUACGGAUUAACUAAUAAUAGGAUGGGUGUAGACGUGGGUAUGGGUAUGUGA